AUGCAAUCCGCAUCCAUCAGCUUCCACAAAGAUGCAUCUCGCCUUCAAAAACACCAAAAGACUCACGACAGAGCCAAUAUCCUACCAGAUGGAAGGCUCGAAGAAGAAGAAAAAAAAAAAAAAUUCCAUGCCGUCAGUGGCCACGAUGUUCCAUGCCAUGGACACUAAGCGACGGCGGGAUUCCCGCUCAAACACGCCACGCACGCAGCCUAAAAGAAAACCCCUACCCACAUCGCUAGAGCAUACACAGCCGGACACUUGAACCGCAGCGCAGAUAGCACAUGGGAAUCUCUCAGACUAUCCAACCUGAGUACCGGUCUCCAAACCACUUACCCGGUGCAAGGUCACUGACAAACUGGUAGUAUACAAUAAGAUUUGCUAAACUGCAGUUAAUUCUUGUUAAACUUAUGUUAGAAAAUUUACAAUUAUAUGUUACACCUGAAGUUAAGAGGGAUCUAAAUCCUAAAAACUUAUGGGGACUAGGCCCUGAUAAAGUUAAACUGUGCAACAUGCGCAUGGGAGACCAAUUACAUACACCUCCUAACUACCAUACGGGCAAAAGCCAGACAAGCAUUCUCCCAACUCCAUAAUAAGUUAAAACCGAUUGAAAAGGUUGUCACACAAAAAGACCGUACAAGCCCACCACCUAUAGGAGUACAGGCCCUAGACCCAGAAAAGGGCCGUAAAAGGCGACAAACCACAUCCCAUAUAGCUGAGGGCUGGUUAACAGGACUCUCCCACACCACUGUAGGUGUGUAUGGGCACGAACAAAACUCACCUAUGGAGACGAUAAACCAUACCACAAAGAAAUGCGCAGGCAGGCUACAGGAAUACCUGCCACACCACCAGGCUACACACGCUAAAAUCACACGAAACAAUAGAAGGUCACAGACCCAAAAGCUGAAUUCUCCACAGCACAGGACAAUACACCCAUUCUCACAAGAGCUUAGGACAAACGCUUACCUAACCCUUCCUACCUACAAACACCAGAAGAGGUACAACUCUUCUACCUCCAGAUGCCCUCAAACAAAGAACCGAAAGCAAAAAGAUACACGAAAUAACUACACCAGAAGGAAUUACCACAGAGGACCCGGAAAAAAAAAUCUCCAGUCUUUCAAAAAUACUUCGCGGCUCUAUACGAUCACACCCCAAAAACAUGGCAACACCCAAAAUCAGCCAAAACACUAA